AUGGCAAAAGCCAAAGCCCGACAGCCCAGCAAGCCGAACGCUCCGAAUCCUCACAUUUACGCUCGAAUAAACUUCCUCUAUCAGUCCGCACAACUUCUCUCCUAUAGCCAGGUCUCUGAUACUACUACUACUACUCCUCAUCCUCCUCCUUCCAGUCCUGGCACUGGCCCUUCCAGCGCCAACACCUCUCUCUCUCGCUUCUACCUCUCAAAUGCUCGCGCAGUCGCAAAAAAAUCAGUACUGCGUAUCUCACCAGCUGUUAAGCGCACUAUCUGCAAGCGGUGCGAUGCUCUUUUGAUCCCUGGCGCCACAAGUACACAUAGCAUUGUGAACGACAGCCAUAAUGGACGCAAACCAUGGGCAGACGUUCUUGUCGUCGAAUGCAAGGGUUGUGGCGCAGUAAAGCGGUUCCCUGUUGGUAUGGAAACCAAGAAGAAGAAGGACUGGAAACUGUGGAGUGAGAGGCCGGAUAUAGUUAUUGGUGGAGAGGCCAAGAACAAUCGUGGGGAUCAAGAGCAGCAGCAGAUGGAGAUAGAUACAACGGAAGGCCUUGUUCCUCACAAGGCUGAGGAACCGGAUUCAAAGGAUACUGUCGAUGUAACAGAAGAUGUAGCAAGGAUACAUGAUCAUGGCACCGCUGCAUAA